AUGGGUUACGUUCAGCCAGUAGGAGGAUACACCAAGAUCAUUACCCCGACUAUCGGGGUUCAUGGAGCACCAUUUUUUUUGUUCAAUUUCCUUCCUUUUGCAUCCACAAGUGCCGCCAUCAAACUCCAAUCACCAGGAAACCCUAUUGUCGUAACCAACCCGACUCCCUGGGGAGACGAGACCAACAGUCUUUUACGAGAACUUAGUGGUAUCACUGAUCCACAUAUUAAACCCAAUGUCAAGUACUUGAUUGCUCUAGAUAACAAGCAUUUCUUGGCUAUUAAGGGAUGGACCCAGCAGUUCCCUGAUGCCACUGUUAUUGGUAUGGACGGUCUUUUGAAGAAGACAGAGAAACCAGACGGAGGUCACACCAUCAAAUUCGACAUUUUAUUCGGAUCCAAGAAUCUACAUCCUGAUUUGCCCACUGAACUUGCCAGCGAGUUCGAUACGAUUUUCUUCCCCAACAGUGAGACCCAGGAAUUGGCGCUUUUCCACAAACCCACGAAUACUCUGUUCACGGCCGACCUAUUCCCCAACUUGCCAGCCCAUCGAGCUUUUGAAAAGCUGUUGAACCAGAGCGGCAAUGGCUUCUUCUGGAAAUUCUUCCAGAAACACAUUCUGACCACCUCACUCUUCAGUGUCGACGGCCGUCUUGCGAAGAAUCUUAUUACCAAACUGGCUGGAAACGACAAACAGUCUGCCCAAGAACUUCUCGACCUCAACGUGGACCGAAUCAUUAUGUGUCACGGCGACUACAUCGAACAAGGAGCUUCCGAAGUCAUCCACAACCUCCUCACUCCCCUUGUCAAGAAGGGCAACUAA